AUGCGCCCCAGUUUCAUCUUCGCGGUGGUGUUUGUGGCCACUCUCCAUGCGUGUGGUGCAUCCGUCCCGUCGGCCGAGAAUACCAACGCUUUGGUCAAGAACGGUGAGUCGCCUGGAACCACCGCCUUAACCGGCGCGGAUGGCGGACGAAUACUUCGUCGUGUCGACGAUAUUGACGAAGAGAGAGGGCUGAAAGAGUUUUUGGAGAAACUCAAGCUCGUGAUCCCGCCAAGGCUGCGAGGAAGGCCCCAAAAGCCGAAAAAAUAA